AUGGCGCCCGCCGCCCGAUGGUCCCCACCGCUCUUCCUCCUCCUGCUCGCGGCGGCCGCGGCGACGUCGACGGCGACGAACACGACGGCAGAGCACCCGUCCGACCAGCCCCCGGCCCCGUCGCCGACGCCGUGGCCGGAGCGCUUCCACGCGGUGCUGUUCACGAACCUGACCAACUACUCGGACGCCUCCACGGGCCCGCCGCUGCGCAUCACGGACCUCUACUACGACUGGCCGCGGCGGCGGAACCUGAACCUGGUGCGCCACCAGCUGUCGUCAGACCCGCUCUACGACGUGGAGUGGAACAACGGCACCACCUUCUACUUCGACUCCUCGGCGUGCCGCGUCGAGCGCUUCCCCGUCGGCGUGCUGCCGCCGUGGUGGCUCUCCGGUGGCGGCGCCGAGUACCUGGGCCGCCGCGUCGCCGGCGGGAUCGACUGCCACGUGUGGGGCAAGGCCGGCUUCAUCUUCUACUACGAGGAGGCGCGCACGGGGCGGCCCGUGCGCUGGGAUUUCGUCGAUGUGACGGGGAUCCAGCAGUUCGUGAUGAGCUUCGAGCCCGGAGUGGAGCUAGAGGACGCGCAGUGGCAGGCACCUGCAUACUGCUUCCCGGAUGACGACAACGAAGACGAAGAAGAAGAAGGGAAUGGAAAUGACAAUGCCGCAAGUAGCAGUGGUGAGGAGGCUGGGGAUGGGCUUGAGGCAGCUAGCAGGUUACUCAGGAAGCUUGCAGGAGCUGCAGCAACGUCCUGA